AUGGGAGGCGCUGCCUGGCUCUGGGCGCUGCGCGCCGCCCGCCACCUGCCCGGCGCCGGCGGCGGGAGGACUCCGGCUCCGGCGGCGCGGCGGGGCCGCCCGGGCUGCACGCCCGCCGCUUGCGGCGCUCCGUCCGCCGGCUCCGCGUCCUCAAGCUCGGGGGAUGAGGCUCUGAGGGACAAACGUGCGCGGAUCCUGUCGCGAGGGCUGCCAAAGCAGAAGCCCAUAGAAGGGGUUAAGCAGGUGGUGGUUGUGGCUUCCGGAAAAGGGGGAGUUGGAAAGUCAACAACAGCAGUAAAUAUAGCCCUCGCCCUAGCAGCAAAUGAUUCGGCGAAAGAAGUUGGUUUGCUUGAUGCAGACAUAUAUGGACCUUCAAUUCCAAAGAUGAUGAACUUAAAAGGAAACCCAGAAUUAACACCAAAAAAUCUAAUGAGGCCCCUUAAGAACUAUGGAAUCGCAUGCAUGUCUAUGGGUUUCUUGAUAGAAGAGACUGCCCCAGUUGUGUGGAGAGGGCUCAUGGUAAUGUCAGCUGUUGAAAAAUUGUUGAGACAGGUUGACUGGGGUCAACUGGACUAUUUAGUGAUUGACAUGCCACCUGGGACUGGAGAUGUACAGCUGUCAGUAUCACAGAAUAUUCCAAUUGCAGGAGCUGUGAUUGUCUCCACUCCACAAGAUGUGGCUUUAUUGGAUGCACACAAAGGAGCUGAAAUGUUCAGAAAAGUCCAUGUACCUGUUUUAGGACUAGUUCAAAAUAUGAGUGUUUUCCAGUGUCCCAAAUGUAAGCAUGAGACGCAUAUUUUUGGAACUGAUGGCGUAAAAGAUCUGGCAAAAACUCUUGGAUUGGAUAUUUUGGGAGACGUUCCACUGCACAUCAAUAUACGGGAGACGUGUGAUUCAGGACAGCCUGUUGUGAUCUCUCAGCCUCAAAGUGAUGCUGCUAAAGCCUAUCAUAAGAUAGCAAUGGAAAUAUUAAGAAGACUACCAGUACCUCCUGCUUGAAGCAUUUGCCACUGAAAUUUAGCAAAAAUGUAUCUUUGAUGCUGCAGUGCAGAAGAGUCCUGUUACCUAAAUACAUGGAGGCCAUAUGUUAGUUCUAAGAACUUCUUUAGGAAUUAAUUUACCAGAGGUUAAAUUAUGAUUGUGCUAAUUACUGUUUUUCACAUCGUUGUUUGGCCAUGUCCAAAAGGAUUUAAGUAUGCAAAUGAUGAUAGACAGUAUUAACUGCUGAAUUGUAACAUCAUCAAGCAAGAAGGGAAGAAGUCCAUUUUUUCCAUGUGCCCUAUUUUAAAGUCAAGAAUGAAAAACAGCCUCUCCAUGCAAGGAGAAGGAUGGUAUGCCAAGACAUAAAUGUAAUUUUUUAAGCAGGAUUUUCAAUACUCUAAUUUCCUUCAGUUUUUGUUCAGAUUUUUACAUGGUUGGCUAUCAAACUGACCUUAAGUUCUGCAAGAUUUUAAGAAGCAAAAUCAGUUCUGUAACUGCUGUACUUUCCUGUGUUCAUCUUAAAAGAUUAAAAAAAUCCUCAUAUACUCUGAAGAGUUCUUGUGAUGGAUGAUGAACAAAUUCAUUCAUUAUUGGAUAAAGUUCGAUUGUGAAGCAAUUCGAAUUCAGUGGAGAAUGGAUUACGUGACCCUGAGGCUUAUUUCUUUACUGUUUUACAUUAUAAUGAACCCAGACAGAAGACAAAGUAACAGAGGUCUUCACUGAAAACCAGAUGUUUUUCCUGAGCUCAGUUUGCCACAGAAUGCAAAUGAUCAAGAUAAAUUAAAUUUAUGAUUGUAUAUUCCUACUACAGCACAGCAACGUGGAAUUUGAAUAUAAAGAUGUAUUUUUGAAGUAAAGAAAUAUUUGGUCUUCACACUGCGUGGCCUUCUGGUUUAUUUUUUCAUUGCCUGUGAUCUUUGUGUUGGUCUGUGGAAGUGAAAGAUUAUGCCUUCAGGGAAUGAGUUUUCAUUUACAAUUUGAUCUUGGAGUUGACAUUUAGGCUUUUCCAUCUACACAGUCAAGUAUCAGUAUCUUAAACGUUCAUCGUAACCUUACCAGAGAGUGAAGUUAACCGCGCUAGGGAGUUCUGCUAUUGACCUCUGAGGGAUCAGGUUUUUCCCUGUAUUCCAAGUACUUGGUCAGGAUUUUGGAUGUAGUUUUUCCUUAUUGAAGUGAUACAACAUAAAAAAAUAGUGUACAUGUACAUUAAGAAUAUUUAAGUAACAUUCUUACCCAAAGUUUAGAUGGAAAUCUAGACACAAGUGAUGAGUUGAAUUUCAAACUUAGGUGAUUUUCUAAAUAUGUAAAUUACAUAGUCCAAAAUAGUUGAUUUUUUGCAUCAAGUCAAUCUCUGAACCUCCUUCCCUGCACCUUCCCCCAUGGAAUCUCAUAUCAGUGGUCUGCUUUUUCAGUAGCAUAUUAUUGUGGUCUGUAGAAUUGAAUACUCAGUUCCUUUCAGUUGUCUGAUAAUAUUUAACAAAAUUUAAAUCUGGCUUAGUGUUCUGCCUAUGAACACUGCUCAGUGUUCAUACUUUAUUGAUAACUUUUUUUAAAAAUUUUGUCUCUGCAUCUUUAUUAACUUUGCUUUACAUAAUGUAAUUGUUGAUACACAUGUCUGUAAAUAAUCCUGUGGUGGUUUUGGCUAGUAUAAUCUUAUAUUUCAGUGGAACAACUGGGACUUCUGACUGUUUUUUAGCAAAAGACAGUGAUAUAAUCUGAAUGUUAAUAUUUGUAAUUCUCAUUCUGUUAAAAAGUUUUUGAACGUCUGACACCCAGUUCAUGUUGAGCCUGGAUGAACAAGCAGUAUACAGAUAGAUGGUUGUUCAGCUCCCCUUUUGCUUCUUAUUAUUUCUUGGGUUAGUUGAAGGAUGAACUUUGCUUUCAAGUUUUCUUUUAUUUUACUUCUUUUUUUCAUUUUUUCCCCUUUUAAUUAAGUACUGUUGUUUUGCUCUAUUGAGUCUUUCGGCUGCAAAAUUAUUUUGAAUGCCUUUGUCAAGGAAGGCAUGGUUACAAUGAUUAAGCAUAGUUUCUAUGCCAGGCUGAAAAUUCAUUUUAGUUAACAGUUUUGUGGAAGGAUUACAUAAUGUAGUUGAUUUACUGAUACAUAUAUAUACAAAUGUAAUUGUACAGAAUUGGUAGGACGUUUCUGUGUUUAAUUAUUCCAACAGGUAACCUAAAUUUAAAUUGAGAUCAUAUUUGCUUGAUUUUCCUUAUUCUCAUGAGUGAGAAACUGUUUCCUAGACCGUCUCCUGCAAAGUAAAUGAAGGGCACUGGCAAAGUGUUAUUGCUUCUUAAUGUUAUGGAAAUACAUAUUUGUAUUUUUUAUUAUGUUGUACACUAUUAAAUACGUAGUAAUGAAUUCCAGUCAACAUACUAUAACAUACUACAUUUGAAGUUGUAUUAAUAAAAUCAUUGAUGAUUUUGUUGAAUGGGGGAGUUGGUUGGAUC